GACCAGCUGCCGCCGCCUCUAAAAAACACAAGGGUCGCAGUGACAAGUGGACAUUCCGCACGCGACCAGACGGACACUCGAUCUGCACCUCCCCGCGGCCCCGCCCGCAGGCUCCAGCUGCCCGGCCCGCAGCCGCCCACUGGCUCCCGAGGCCGCUUCACCACGUGUCCUGCAGGCCGCUACCCCAACAACUUUCCGUCCCUCUUGGGGUUGGGGACUGGCAGUGGGGAAGGGUGGCAGGUGGGGGUCUCCAGAGAGCACCGUUACCGGACUUGGCGAGCGACCCUUUCUAAAUGGAAGGUGGGCCGCUCCCAAGUCCAUCCCAGAUCCUUAGAGAAGCUCCGGGAGCGAGGGCCAGACAGCAGCUCGGAGCCUGGCUGAGGGAGAGGAACAAAGGGAGCGAGCGAGCUGGGGAGGAUGCUGCGCUCCCCUGCGCCCCACCCAGCCGGCUGCCAGGCGCUGCCAGGCGCGCAGGUAGCCCGGCCUUCGGCGCUGGCGGAGGGAGGUGUUGGAGAGGGUAAAGACUCACUUCCGCCGGGGCAGGCGACCGGACUCCCUACCCGCCGCCCACAGCCUGUGCGCAUUCCUGCAUCCCUGCCGCCGCCCGGGACCCGAGUGCCCCAGGGGUGUCCAGGCGCGGUGCCAGGGGGGUACUGUGCAGGUAACCCUCGGAAGAACUAGGGCUGGAUGGAGGCGGCGGCCGGGGAGAAACACGCCUUUUUAGGCAGCCGUGCUGCCCCGCACCGCCCCACGCAGCCCAAGUCUGCAAUCACUCUCCGCGAGAAGCAGGGAUCCGCGCGCAGCCAGGGAGCGCCCCGCCUGCGCUCGCCGGCGGGCCGAGCUGCCGGGCCGGGGGCGCGGGGAGGGGGCAGCCCAACUUCCCAGUGCGCGGCUCCCGCCCGCUAGGUUCAUUCUGCCACCCAUCUGCUUUAAGACACAAGGUGCUGACCGCAGAGACCUGCCAUGAAACCACACUUGAAGCAAUGGAGACAACGAAUGCUUUUCGGAAUAUUCGCUUGGGGGCUCCUCUUUUUGCUGAUUUUCAUCUACUUCACCGACAGCAACCCCGCUGAACCUGUGCCCAGCUCCCUCUCCUUCCUGGAGACCAGGAGGCUCCUGCCAGUGCAGGGGAAGCAGCGGGCCAUCAUGGGCGCCGCGCAUGAGCCCUCCCCGCCUGGGGGUCUGGACGCACGCCAGGCGCUGCCCCGCGCCCACCCAGCCAGUUCCUUUCACGCGGGGCCUGGAGACCCGCAGAAAUGGGCCCAGUCCCAAGAUGGGUUUGAACAUGAAGAGUUUUUUUCAUCCCAGGUGGGAAGAAAAUCUCAAAGUGCUUUCUACCCGGAGGAUGACGACUACUUUUUUGCUGCUGGGCAGCCAGGGUGGCACAGCCACACUCAGGGGACAUUGGGAGUCCCUUCCCCCGGGGAGCCAGGCCCACGGGAUGGGGCUUUUCCGGCUGCACAGGUCCAGAGGAGGCGGGUGAAGAAGAGGCACCGGAGGCAGAGAAGGAGCCACGUGUUGGAGGAGGGCGACGACGGCGACAGGCUGUACUCCUCCAUGUCCAGGGCCUUCCUGUACCGGCUCUGGAAGGGGAACGUCUCCUCCAAGAUGCUGAACCCGCGCCUGCAGAAGGCGAUGAAGGAUUACCUGACGGCCAACAAGCACGGGGUGCGCUUCCGCGGGAAGCGGGAGACCGGGCUGAGCAGGGCACAGCUACUGUGCCAGCUGCGGAGCCGCGCGCCCGUGCGGACGCUGGACGGCACCGAGGCGCCCUUCUCUGCGCUGGGCUGGCGGCGCCUGGUGCCCGCCGUGCCCCUGAGCCAGCUGCACCCGCGCGGCUUGCGCAGCUGCGCUGUGGUCAUGUCUGCAGGCUCAAUCCUCAACUCCUCCUUGGGCGAGGAAAUAGAUUCUCAUGAUGCAGUUUUGAGAUUUAACUCUGCUCCUACACGUGGUUAUGAGAAAGAUGUUGGGAAUAAAACCACCGUACGCAUCAUUAAUUCGCAGAUCCUGACCAACCCUAGCCAUCACUUCAUUGACAGUUCACUGUAUAAAGACGUCAUUUUGGUGGCCUGGGAUCCUGCCCCGUAUUCGGCAAAUCUUAACCUGUGGUACAAAAAACCGGAUUACAACCUGUUCACUCCAUAUAUUCAGCAUCGUCAGAGAAACCCAAAUCAGCCAUUUUACAUUCUUCAUCCUAAAUUUAUAUGGCAACUCUGGGAUAUUAUCCAGGAGAACACUAAAGAGAAGAUUCAGCCAAACCCACCUUCUUCUGGUUUCAUUGGAAUCCUCAUCAUGAUGUCCAUGUGCAGAGAGGUGCAUGUGUACGAAUACAUCCCGUCCGUGCGGCAGACGGAGCUGUGCCACUACCACGAGCUGUACUACGACGCAGCCUGCACCCUCGGGGCGUACCACCCGCUGCUCUAUGAGAAGCUUCUGGUGCAGCGCCUGAACAUGGGCACGCAGGGGGAUUUGCAUCGCAAGGGCAAGGUGGUUCUGCCUGGCUUCCAGACGGUGCACUGCCCUGCACCGAGUCCGGUCAUUCCACACGCUUAAAAAGGGUUUCUUGGGAAUCAAUGUGCAAUAAGGUACUACUGUUGUACUCAAAGUCACAAAAGAAUACUUGAAGAUAGAUUUUAGACAAUGUAGUUUUGAGUCUUUAAACUGUAAUUUAGUGGUGGUCAUGAGAAUUCUUCACUUUCUAAGCCAUUGAGUAUUUAUUACUGCUUUGAAUAUAGAAACGGAUUUUUUAAAAAGUAGGGCACAAGAAAGAUGCAAAACAAAGGAUAGCCAGAGAGAAAACAUGUGUAUGACCAUGGGUGUGGUACCUCCAGAAAUGUUAACAACUUAUUCUUCUGCCAUGAGUACCCCUCAUCAGGGUUGGUUUCAGUAAUAGGUUUUGGUGAUGCUCCUGACCACAGGAAGUGGUUUAUAUUUAGAAACAUCCAAGUUGAGGGACAUCAUUUACAGCAUCGAGUGCAUCCCUGAUACAUGCCUUCAUCAUUAAAUAUCCUAGGUUUUAUGACAAACAUUGAAAUGAUCACUCAGAUGUGUUUAGCAGCAAAAAUUCCCAGCACAUCCUGGCAAAUGCUUGUGUUUCCAACCGUUGCAUUCUUCAUCUCUGCUUCCCAUUGCCCACUGAAUGCUUUGCUUUCUGUGCGUCAAGACGGAGUUCUAGAACCAGAAAACAUCCACCUUGAAAGGUCCAAGAAAAAAGCCAAAUUCCAUAUAGCGACACAGAGGAGGCCCUUUGUUUCCCUGCAGUAUUUCAACCAGGAGUAUUAAUAUCACAUCCACCAGGAGGCACAUCACUGGCAAGGAACACAGAAUCGCGGGGCUGCAGGUGCCCCUGGACACUCCCCGGUUCCGGCUGUUCUGCCUUGUACCUCCUCACCUGCAGAUCUACCCCCACAGCUUUUGCGUAGUCAGUGACAUACCUGACAAUUGGCACAGCCAUGCUGGGGAAGACAGGAGACACCUCACUCCUUCCAAACUAAAAGGAAAGAUUUCGGAGCCGUCACUCUGUGCUUCCAGGGAUGCACGCCUGUCUUUAUUGUAUGGGUUUCUGGUAGGUUUUUAUCAGCCAGGGGGAGCUCAACAGUGAUGAGCACUGAAUCUUCACUAAAUCUUCCUACAGACAUUUAGGAAUCCAAUCCUUGCUUUCGCAGAUAUGUUUUAUGUCAGCAGCAUGACAAAGCCAUAUAAUUAAAUCAUUUAUGUGAAAGCAUUGCUUAUUAACAAGGAAAAUAUCUAGAUGCUUCAGAGGGAAAAGCACCCAGAGGGAAAUUUUCAUCCCAAUAUGUUAGCUAUAUUCAGGGUUGAUUUUUUUUUUAAUCUCAACUGUCACUGAUACACUGAACAUGUUUUGCCGAGAAUAUAGUGAAACAAACAUUUUGUAAUACCUUAAUUAAACAGGCUAUUAUUUCAAUGUAUAACCAAAACGUAUCUCCAUGGUACAGUUAAGACUUGUUGCAGUGACACUAGCAGCUUAAUUAAAGGCGUUCUCCCUUGCAAAGUGUAUGAAUGUCAGGAGAGUUUAGUGGAAAAGUUUUACUUGUUUCAGGAUUGGUUUCUAGACUGUUCUCAGGACUAUUUUCUUGAGCAAGAACGGCUUACAGAGACUGGCGGCUUCUCUUUGGUUAGUCUAUUCAGCAGAUAUGGAGCUGAAUAACAAGACAUCUCCUAUAGCUUAUUAUAAUAGUGAAGGAGAAAUUGGAAAGUUUUAAUCACAACAAUAUCCAAUAAAAGCCCAUUUUGAGAGUUUUGUUAUUAAGUCUAUGAGAAGGGAUAGAUAACUUUGUCCUAUGUAUUAACUUAUGUCUAAAUAGACAUGGUUAAGCCAUGUUCCUUUCUAAUUUCUUUUUUUUUUUUUUUGAAACGGAGUCUCGUUGUGUCACCCAGGCUGGAGUGCAGUGGCGCGAUCUCGUCUCACUGCCAGCUCCGCCUCCCAGGUUCACACCAUUCUUCUGCCUCAGCCUCCCAAGUAGCUGGGACUACAGGUGCCUGCCACCAUGCCCAGCUACUUUUUUGUAUUUUUAGUAGAGACAGGGUUUCACCGUUUUAGCCAGGAUAGUCUCGAUCUCCUGACCUUGUGAUCUGCCUGCCUUGUCCUCCCAAAAUGCUGGGAUUACAGGCGUGAGCCACCCGUGCCCAGCUGUUCCUUUCUAAUUUCUUGAAAGAACUUGGUCUCGUCCUUAUGUUUACCUGUGUGUAAUCAGUUCAGCAACUCUGGAAUGUGGGUGAGGUGGCUCUGGUCGGUGAAUAUUACUCCCUACAAUCCUUGGAUCUUUCUAGAUCUUCCCGGCCAUUAAAUGCCCCGGACUAUUGAAGCUCCUUUUAUAGUUUUGCGAGUGGAUUUACUUGUAGGCAUCCUUACUAUCUAGCACAAUCCCCCUUGGCUGACAUGAGAACUUGGUUAGAGGAGAAUUUAUGGGGGUCAGUGGAAGUAUUCAAGUUCAAAAGCCUCAGAACCCCACACUUAAAAGAUUUUUAAAUAGAAUUUUGUUGUGAUCAUUGUACUUUUAAAAUAGUACUUUCAGUUUCAUUGAGGUUACAAGAAAGACUGAACAGUACGACAGAAAUUUAAUUACAAUUUUUGCUUUUAUUAUGGCCUUAAAGACUCUUGGGAAUCAGGGUCUGUUCAACAGUCAGUAAAUGUAAUACACACAUUAAUAUAGUAUUGACUGGACAUUCUUCUAUAAAAGUUUAAGUUAUUUAACUUCUAAACAAUGUUAGGCAGUUAUAGUUAACGUGAUGGCUACUUCUAGUAUUAGCCAAAUGGGUCCUAAGUGGCAGUAUUUUGCCAGACAUUGACUAAAUCUUUAUAUGCCUAAAUCCUUACAUUUACUGAAUUCCAGUAAACACACAGUUCUUCUGUGGAGUAGUUAACAAUAAGUGGCAGCUCACUGAAUUUCUCCCAGGUUCUGUCUCUUCCAAAAUCCUCCAUCCUCUCUUAUGAAGGGAAGCUGGUAAAAAAUCCUCUUGGUGCAAGCCAAAGCUGUUAAGGAUUCCUUUUUGCACUCUCAGGACCAACAAACAUUCUUUUGUAUUUCAAGAUAAUUUCACCCGUUGUUGUUGUUGUUGUUAUCACAAAGAAACAAAUUUUGACCAGCAGUGACAAUUCAACCACAUCUAGACUCUCCCUAACUUAUUUCUCCAGCCGGUCACACCAAGCAGGCGGGUAACCUUUAACAGACCUGGUGUUCUCAUGGAAUACCAAUGCUCAUCCCAGGGAGCUGACCUUUCCCACUAUGUCCUUAUAGAAAUGCUCUUACAGAGAACUUUGUGCUCAGGACCAAGGGAUGGUCAAUUAAAAGUUGCAUGUCGGCAUCAGGCUUGUGCAUUAAAAUGGGCAAGGGGGGCUUUUAUACAUCUUUGAAUGACCAGGUAUUUCCUUGUCUGCCUGAAGGCAGAGCUUUGAGGAACAGCACUUCCCAUGUGUCUGGUCCUCUUGGUCUCUCAGCUAGACACUUAAUCAACCCUGGACUCUCCAGUAGUCCUUGGUCAUUGUAGCCAUAGCAUCUGCACAAAAAGAAGUGCUAAAAUAAUCAUUAGCAUUUUCAAAAUUAGGAAAUCAAAGUAGCUGGGUCACUCUCUUACAUGUGUAUGAGCCAGGUCAUUCUGCUGGGACGGAUCAUACUCAUGCUGCUGAUUGACUCUUCUAAGCAGUAACACAUCUCCUGCAUUAAUUAGGUAGAUCCCGUCUGGGUGCAUUAAGUGGGAUCAGUCUUAGAUGAGUGCCAGUAUGUGAUAGAAGAAUUUCAUACACACAAAUGCCAUGAUUCAAAUUCUCUCUCCAAUUUUUCUUAUCGAUCAACACGCAGUACAUGUGGUCAGUUACCUGGUUGAAUUUCUGCUUAGCUGUGGUAAGAGACAGAGAAAGGGAGUGAGGUGGGAUCAGGGGAAUUAUCAGAGAGACAUGAGUGAACCUAUUGGCCAGGUAGCUUCCAAGUCUGUUCUAUUGUAUUGUCUGUUUCGAUUUCUGACUUUCUGAUAGUUUAGAACUCUUACCCAGUGGUUACGUGACUGAUCAAGGCAACUCUAUCUGGAAAUUAAUUGUUUAGGUAAAAUGUUCCUGAGUUUCAACUUGUCUUUUAUACUCUGGAUACCCUCAUUGUGAGAUUAUUAUGCAUGUUUGUGUGACAUGGGCAUUAUUUACACACUUGAUAAAUGAAAGGUAUUUCUCUGUCGGUUCAAGGAAAUAAAAUGUAAGUUCUUGUUUUAUUAAAUGAAUGAAGCCUUUGUUAAAAAAAAGUAAUCUAACAUGUUUCUGUUCAAACUUGAGCUAAUGAAAUUUAAAGAAGUAAAGACAAUGAUCUAGUUCUUAGUAUAAAAAGCAUACAUGUAGUAGAUAUAGUUAUAUAAUUGUGUAUAUACAUAUCUACAAACAUGGUUGGUUUCAUAUUGCUUUUUCAUCAAUGUUUUUGACUGAAACCUUUACUAUAAAUUUUAUUUUAAUUAUGUAACCACUAAUAUUUUAAGAGAAGGAAACAAAUGUUAUAUGUCCUUCUGUUAAAAAAAAAAUUCAGUCCUCCGCCAACCGCUUCCCACACACUCAUACUCUGCACAUCUUGGAUACGUUAAAAUGGUCUGACAGAAUUAUUUAAAAGGCACUAUGUAGGUAGAACACUACCUUAAUAUUGUAUCCUAGUCAGAAGCCUGAUUUAACACUGAACUUUGAAGGGAAGCUUAGCUAUAGCUCAUGGCUUUCAAAGACUAGAAGAAACAUUUACUGGUUCUAUGGAAAAUAGUCUUCUUGCUAGGUAGAUUUGAAACAAAGAAAUUGCACUGGGAGUGUUAAAAUCUAACAUUUAUAACAAAUCCUGUUUUACUCUAGAUGAAAUACUUAGUUCUUCCAGUGGAAACCAGUGAACUUUUUUAACAGCUUUGGGAAUUCUUUUGUAUAAUAAUUUUUAAAAUGAAAUGUGUACUCUUCAAACUAAUUAAGGCUUGAAGUUUUCCAGGAGUCGCAUUUUAAAAGUGUUUGUACACAUUUUAACACUUUGAUAUUUUCUAUUUUGGUUUUGUAUAUUUUUAUGUAUACACAAUGUACAGACUUUCUUCUUGUAAAUAAAACAUGUUUUCAUUUGUCUAGAA